AUGGAUAUGGUUAGAGGCUUGAAUGGAAAUGAUUGGGGUAUUUUAUAAUUAAAUUAAAAGAUAAUGAAAAUGAGAAGAAUAAAUAAUAACAGAAUAGGGAAGAUAAAAAAGAGCAAUAAGAAAAAAUGAAAAAAAAUGUUGAGUAAGCAAUUUAGGAGGAAAAAAAUAACGAUUAAUUCAAUAAAAUAAAGUGA